AUGAACUCUUAUAUUUCCGAACCAAUCAGAGCGCCGGAAGAGCCCUUGAUUGGGAAGAUGUUGGUUCCUCCUUUAUAAGAUUGUUACCAAUGUCCAAUAGACACCUACAUUCGAAGCUUUCUGUUUACCCAUGAAUGAGACUCCCUACGAUGGUCCAUUAAUCAGCAUGCAAUACCUUUAUGAUGCUGUAUAAGGUCCUAAAUUAUCGCCGUUAAGAUCUUUAACGCAUUCGUUGUCUGGUAUAACGAAGACGGCAAGUUCGGCCAUUAUUUGUCAGGUUUUCCGAAACCACGCUCAUUUAAGGCUAUCGUUUGCCAUGUUUUGUUGUUCCUUACCAUAUAUCUCGCUGCUGUUCUUAAGUACGAAACCAUAGUGCCAUUCUUAUAAGAAAUUUUGCUUGAGAAGAAAUACGAAAGCUCUUGUGCUCUAUCCUCGAGAUGGGUCUGUCAAAGUCGAAUAUAUUCCUACGCCUGCCCCUAGCCCAACGGAGGUCCUGGUUCGCGUGGGUGCAGCAGCGCUCAAUCCAAUGGACUACAUAUUCGUCCAACGAAUCACAGCAGUGCAAGAGAGGCGUGUUCUAGGCUCGGAUUUCGCAGGAACAGCGGUUGACGUCGGAGAGACCCUGAAGAAUAGUACGAAUAAGAGAGCCAAGGUUGGAACCCGUGUUGCUGGAUGCGUCCAGGGAGGCGAGUGUCAAGAGGCUCUCAAAGGCUAACUUGGUAAUGACCAAACUGACACGAGAGCUAUGUAAUAUACAGCAUGCUCUACGAAUGACCGCCCUGGCGCUUUUGCCGAGUACGAAUACGACCUAGUCUGGAGGAUACCAGACCAACUAAGCCUUGAACAGGCUUCUUCAAUUACUGUAAACGGUCUAACUGCAGCUCAGACUAUUUUCGGUCGACG